AUGAAAAACUUCAUUAAAAAUGAAAUUAUUGUGUUUAACGACUCUAUUGUCGAGCUUCCAUUCCAAGCGAUUAAAGUAUCACUUUUUGGUGUCCAAGAAGUGAAACCAAUCACUUAUGAUAUCAUCUGUGAUCUCACGCGCAAUAAAGAAGAUAAAUAUUUGUUGUCAAUCUGUCAGAAAGUGGAUCCAAACCUCAGCUCUAAUGUUAUUCGACUGUUUGUGGCCAACAAUGAAACCGAAACACAAUUUGUUUCUUUAAGCAAAUUAUUGGUUGAUUUGGAUUUGUGUCGAUAUAUUGAUGGCGAAGAAAGCAAUGAAUUGAAACUAACGAUUCAGAUAUCACUCGAAACCGAUGAGGAAUGCGGUGACUAUUUACAGAGCAUCGAAGACAAAUUAAUCGACAAUUUUGUUAAACAAUAUUGUCUGAAGACAUUAAGUCUCGAUGAGAACGAAGAUAUUGAUUACGGAACUGAUGGCAAGUCAAGCAAUGGGACAAAAGAGUCGCGAAUUACUCGAAAAUUACGUCAAUUGAGAGAUAUUCGGAAGAAUAGAAUCGAUGAUAUAUCGGACGAUUCAGACGAAGACGACUGUCCUCUCAAUGGCUUGAAUGCAAUUGACUUCUUAGACUAUAAGCCCAUUGCGACGAAUGGAGACAUUGCUUAUUACGAUCCGGAGGACGAUUUGGACAAAGACGCGCCUCUUAGCGAUGAGGACGACAUUAUCGAUGAACAAGAAUUGUCUUAA